GACACGUCUCCCUGCUGUGUCGCACUCAGCCUCUUCCCCCGCCGCCCAUCGCUCACUGCACAACAAGGGUCCCUUUUGUGGGAGGUAUCAUCAAACUCACAUGGUAAAUUGGAGAUAUUGGCGGGGCUGUAGGCAGAACUCCCAAACAGGGGUGAACAGGGGCAAGGAGCUCUGCCCAGGCGCUGGGCUGCCAUGGAAAACAGCGAACAUGAAGGAAUUCGUACUUGACUAGGGUUGAAGUCUUCAGAAAUCUUUAUAACCAGACCAAGACAACGACAUGGAGGAGGUGACCUUGCAGAUUGCUAAGCUGCAGGCCAUGGUGUCCGAGCUGAAGGCUGGCCUGAUGGGGGCGAUCGAGGACCUCUCCAGCCUCCAGCUGAGGGACGGCAGCCUGGAGGAGCGGGUGAGGAGUUACCACAGCGACAUGGACGAGAAGAUACUGGGCGUAAAGAACACGUUAAACACCUUCAAGGAGGACCUGACUGUUGCCAUGGCUCAUAUGAAGGAGGUCAACGGUAGGAACAUGGAGAUGCAUCGGGGUCUGGAGCUGUUCCAGGUGGAGGUGGGCAGGGAGCUCCUCUCUGCUCAGCAGAGGAGAGCCUCCAGGGAUGAUGUCCAGGCCGACGGCCUUCGGUGGCCCCUUGGACAGCCGGAACACAGCGUCCUCCAUCACUACCUCGCCUGCCUCCCGAACGGUUCUUCCCAGAGAAGUCCUUCAUCCGUCCCUGGAAAGGCUGUUUCUCUAAGCCACGCCCACAAAGACAGCCACAGCUGUACGGCGUUGGUUACAGAUACCAGCAGCCCGCAGCAGGACGUGGGCAGUCCCCGGGCCCAGCGGGGCAUGUCCCCGUCACCGGUGUGGGGAGAGCACAGGGACAGCAAGGAUGCCACCGAUGGACCGGACACCCAGGAGAACGGUGCGAGGUGGAUGACCGCCCUGGAGCUCUUGGAGUCAGAGAGGCUGUACGUCUCCUACCUGUCUGUGCUGCUCAAGGCCAACAUCACAUUCAACGGCUCGGAGGCCCUUCAUGUCAAGGACAAGCGGCCUUUCCCCAGCUCCCUACGCUUCCUCAUCCAGCAGCACCUGGAGCUGCUGCACGUCCUCCAGGAACGUGUGCUGAGGUGUCAGUGGCAAGGCAUCAUGGGAGACGUGUUCAUGAGGCUGACCAGCACAGAGAGUGAUUUCUUAGAUUCCUACGUGGCCUACCUGAAGGAACUCCCCGAGUGCCUAUCUGCAGUAAGCGUGUACAGUGCCACCUCCCUCAAAGCCACCACACUCUUUCAGGGUGACAUCACUGGAGAUGAAAAUCAACCCCCACUCCAAACCUUGCUCCUUCUACCUGUGCAGCGCGUCCCAGAAUACCUCAUCCUACUUCAGAACCUGUUAAAGCAGACAGACUCCAAGCACCCAGACCACUAUCUGCUGCUGGUUUGCAUCCAGAGGUUCAGGGCUUUCAUAGGCCAGUACAGCCACCUGCUCCAGUACAGCCACCUGCUCCAGCACAACGAGGGGCUCCUCACACAGAACCGGAAGGAGCGGUCGGCCAUGAAACCGCUCAUCAAGACGGUGGACUGCGUUAUCCAGGCAGAGGAACCAGCCUCCCCCAGCGGUGCCUUGCCGCACUACACCAGCCAGGCAAAGAGAAGCAAGCAGAAGCUGUUGGAGCAGAUGCAGCGUAAGCGAUUCCAGGACUGGGAGGCUGUGCACCAGUGCCCUGAGUCCCCCGAGGGGUCCUUGCCGGUCUUAUUCUUUGCCCCGGAUGCAGACCCCCAGCUCAACUGUUCUGCUCUUCAUAGCAUUCUGGAAACAGAGCGGAAGUGCCCCAACACGGAUCCAAUACCCUGUAAGCAUGGAUUAACAGGGUCGGCGCUGGCGGAUGCCACAGGCCAGUUUCUCAUGUCAGACGGGACAAGCCUGGUGGGGUUCUUUGAGGAAGGACAGUCCACCCACAAUGCCCCGCUCUUCGACAACUGCUCCAGUGCCUCCUCAGACUCUAGUGUAGACAUCACCUUCAUCCGCUGCCCAAAGAACCGCGGCCAGGAGCCAUAUGCCGGCAGGGGGAACCAGGACGGAAGUCACAGGUACCCUGGCCGUGGCUGUGUUUUGCAGGAUCAGGUUGGCAUGUCACGCCAUCGCUCCCUACAGGCCGUACAGUGCAAGAGCAAGUCGCUGAACGGGCUGCAGCUGGACAGUUCCAUCGCUGCCGACAGCAGGGGCAACUCUGUUGAGCUCAGCCCCCUGAAAAGCCACAGCCCACACAGCAGCCACCAGCACGCCCAACUGGAGCGCCAAUCCAGCAAAGGUUCCACCAGCCGUAAGCUCCAGAGAAGUGUCGGCCCCCUGCAGAAACUGGAGGUCGACAGCCGGACCAUGACAGAGGAAGAGCCUUGCAGAGAUCACGACAAGGACUGCGGGGCCCAACCCUCCUGGGCAGAGGAGUCCAGAUGGACAGGCAGCAUGGAGGAGAGCGGCCAGACUGCCUUCAGCGAGAGGAGCCGUAAGCAGGACCACAAAGGUGGCUUCAGGAGCUCCUUCAAGAAGCUCUUUAAAAAAAAGUCUGGCAGCGACAGCAAGGACAAGGGCACUGAGAAGUCAGAGUCCCAGGCUCACAGCGACCACGAGGCCACAAAGACACCGAGGGCUGGACGUCUAGGGAACAUUGACAGAGGAACAGCAGUGUGACACCACAGUGCCACCUGCAGGUGAAUCUGCAUUUGUGUACGACAAACCCUGGCCAUUGUGAACGCCCAAGAGGGUGUGCUUUGCGUGUGAACAUCAUUGGCCCAUCUUAAUGGCGUUUCCUUCUGUGUCCGGGUGACUAGUUACCCAACAUUCUCAGAUUUGUUUGCAUAAAGCAUGUUUAGUGAACAUAAUGGUUAUACAAAUACAGUGCUUAAAGUGGGGAAAAAGAGAUGCCAGUACUCCCCUUGUCAUCGAGUACCAGGCGCCGUUACUCCCCUUGCCAUCGAGUACCAGGCGCCGUUACUCCCCUUGUCAUCGAGUACCAGGCGCCGUUACUCCCCUUGCCAUCGAGUACCAGGCGCCGUUACUCCCCUUGUCAUCGAGUACCAGGCGCC